AUGGGUCAGGGAACAGUUGGAAUGGAGGUUAUGCGUCAAACAAAAGAGCCAUUGCAUGCAAUUUUUGUGCCGGUGGGGGGUGGUGGCCUAAUAGCUGGUAUUGCUGCAAACGUUAAGAGGCUGUCUCCAGAGGUAAAGAUUAUUGGUGUGGAGCCCUCGGAUGCGAAUGCAAUGGCAUUAUCCUUGCAUCACGGAGAGAGAAUAAUGUUGGACCAAGUUGGAGGUUUUGCAGAUGGUGUAGCAGUGAAAGAGGUGGGUGAAGAAACCUUUCGGAUAUGCAAAGAAUUGAUAGAUGGUGUAGUUCUGGUGAGUCGUGACGCCAUCUGUGGUUCAAUAAAGGAUAUGUUUGAGGAGACUAGAAGCAUUUUAGAACCAGCAGGUGCUCUUGCUCUUGCUGGAGCUGAAGCAUACUGCAAGUAUUAUGGUCUUAAAGGAGAAAAUGUUGUUGCAAUUACCAGUGGUGCAAAUAUGAACUUUGAUAAACUGAGAGUGGUGACUGAACUUGCAAAUGUUGGUCGGCAACAAGAGGCUGUACUCGCAACAGUUAUGCCAGAGGUGCCUGGGAGCUUUAAACAUUACUCUUCUGAACUUGAAGCAAUGCAAGAGCGCAUGGAGUCUUCUCAACUCAAAACGAUCAAUCUCACGAAAAGUGACGUGGUUAAAGAUCACUUGCGUUGCUUGAUGGGGGGCAGAAUAAAUGUUGAAAAUGAGGUUCUUUGUCGCUUUGUCUUCCCAGAAAGGCCUGGUGCUUUGAUGAAGUUCUUGGACACCUUUAGUCCACGUUGGAAUAUUAGUUUGUUCCACUACCGCGGACAGGGUGAAACUGGAGCAAAUGUCUUGGUUGGAAUCCAAGUUUCCAAGAGCGAGAUUGAUGAGUUCCAUUCUCGUGCCAAUUCACUUGGGUAUGACUAUGUAGUAGUGACCAAUGAUACAGACUUCGAGCUUUUGAUGCAUUCAUAA